AUUUGAAACCUAUAUUCUAUAUAGUAAUCAUAUUUAAAAAAUAAAAAAUUUUAUAGUGCAAUUAUAUUUAGAAAGAAAACUAUAUAAUUUUUUACAAUUUUAAGAUCGAUCAUUAUUGUAAAUAAUCGUUAAAAAAUAUUAGUGUAUGAUUUACAUAACUUUAUAUUACGCGAAGUUAAACUACAAUUUUUAAUAUUGUGAAUAAGAAAUAUUAAUUAUUGCUACAAUGAAAUGUCAUUAUGAGGUAUUAGGGGUACCACGAAAUGCUUCUGAUGAUGACUUAAAAAAAGCUUACAGAAAAUUAGCUUUGAAAUGGCAUCCAGAUAAAAAUUUAAAUAAUCCAGAAGAAGCAAAAGAACAAUUUCAACUUGUUCAACAAGCUUGGGAAGUGUUAAGUGAUCCUCAUGAACGUACUUGGUAUGACAAUCAUCGUGAUGCUAUUUUAAAAGGUGGUAUUGGUGAAAAUUAUAAAGAUGAUUCUAUUGAUCUCUUUCAAUAUUUCUCAACUACUUGCUUCAAAGGAUAUGGAGAUGAUGAAAAAGGAUUUUAUACUAUUUAUCGUAAUGUGUUUGAAAAAUUAGCAGCUGAAGACUUAGAAUAUACAAAAGAAGGGGAUUCGGAUGAAGAAGUUCCAGGAUUUGGAGAUUCCCAAAGUUCAUAUAAAGAAGUUGUUCAUAACUUUUAUGCUUAUUGGCAAAGUUAUAAUACAAAAAAAUCAUUUGCUUGGUUAGAUCCUUAUGAUAUAAGAAAUGCUCCUAAUAGAAGAGUGGUACGUCUUAUUGAAAAAGAAAAUAAGAAAGUUCGAGAUAAAGCUAAAAAAGAAAGAAAUGAACAAGUAAGAAAUUUAGUAGCUUUUAUACGUAAACGCGAUAAACGAGUGCAAAUUCAUACAACUAAAUUAAUUGAACGUGCAAAAGAGAAUUUAAGGAAGGUUGAAGAACGAAAAAGACAACAAUUAUUAGAAAGACAGAAACAAUUGAAAGAGCAUAAAGUAUCAGAAUGGUCAAAAUUUUCAAAUAUAGAAGCUGAACUUAAAAAUAUUGAAGCUAAUCUUGCUCAAGAAUUUGGUGAAAAUUUAUCUUCUGAUGGAGAUAUGGAUGAUGAGAAUACAAUAGAUGAUAACUCUAUGUAUUGUAUAGCUUGCAAUAAAAUAUUUAAAACACAUAAAGCAUUUACAAACCAUGAAAACUCUAAAAAACAUAAAGAUAAUAUUGCAAUAAUAAAAGCAUCUAUGAUACAAGAUAUAAAUUCUCAAGAAAGUGAUAUAAACUCUGAUUUAAUUUUAGAAUGUGAAAAAAAAUUAUCAACAAAUUCACAAAUGCCUGAUUUUUUAUUAAAUUCUAUUCAAAAUAAUUCAAACAAAAAUAAUAUUGCAGAACAAACUUCAGAAGAGGAACUAAUCUCAGACGAUGAAGAACUUGAAAAUUUUGAAAUACCAGAAAAUAUAAAAUAUUAUUCAGAAAAAUUUAAACUUGCUACAGACCCUCAAAUGAAUGAUUUUCUUUAUGUAGCAUCAAACAAAAAUAAUAAUGAAUAUUUAACUUCUGAAGAUGAGAUUAUCUCUGAUCAAGAAGAUGAAGAAAUACCCAAAAAACAAAAAAAAAAAAAACGAAAGAAGAAUGUUCAAAAUCCAAUAAAAGAACAAAUUAGUGAUGAAGAUAUAAAUAUUAAUGAAGAUAUGUUGUUAUCAAAAAAACAACGUAAAAAACAGCAACAAAAGAAGGCAUUAUUAAAUAAAGUUGUUGAAAAUAAUCAACAAUUAUCUAAUGACAAAAUAGAGGAGUAUGAAGAAUAUGUUCAAAAUCCAAUAAAAGAACAAGUUAGUGAUGAAGAUAUAAAUAUUAAUGAAGAUAUAUUAUUAUCAAAAAAACAACGUAAAAAACAGCAACAAAAAAAAGCAUUAUUAAAUAAAGUUGUUGAAAAUAAUCAACAAUUAUCUAAUGAGAAAAUAGAAGAAUAUGAAGAAAAUUUAAUGAAGGAAAAAAAUAAAACAGAAUUAUUAUCUGUUAAUGUAGAAAUAAAUAAUACACAUAAUGAAAAAUCUAAAAGUAAAAAAAAUAAAAAUAUAAAAAAAAAAUCACAAAAUAUUGAAGUAUCAGAUCUAACACAUUGUUGCAUUACAUGUAAAGUUGAAUUUCCUAGUAAAAAUAAAUUAUUUGAACACUUGAAGAAAACAGGACAUUCUGUAUAUAUACCAAAUUCAUUGAAAAAUAAAAAGAAUCAAGAAGAAAAAUCAAGUAAAAGUAAAUGUAAUUAUUUAAGAUCUAGCAAUAUGGCAACCAAAAAACUUGUUUAUCCUGCAGCUGAUCGUAACAAGAAUCCAAUACUUUUAGUUCUUCAAAAAUAUAUUCAACAUAGUCCAGAUCAAAUUUUUUUAGAAAUAUCAUCUGGUAGUGGACAACAUAUAGCCCAUUUUGCUUCUCAUUUUCCUGAAAUAACUUUUUAUCCUUCAGAAUAUAAUCUAAAACUAAUAGAAAGUAUAACAGCUUAUGCAAAUGGAUUUUCAAAUAUAAAACAACCUUUACAUAUAGAUAUUAAGACAGACUUUCAUAUUUGGGAGAAUAAUAUGUUUAAAGAAGCCAGCAUUGAUUAUAUAUAUAAUGCAAAUUUGAUACACAUUUCACCUUAUGAAUGUUCUAUUGGUUUAUUUAAUAAUGCGGAUGGAAAAAUAACGCCAGAAAGUAAUAUUAAUUUCGAUAAAAGUUUAAAACUUCAAGAUCCAAGAUGGGGUCUUAGAGAUAUUAAUGAUUUAAAGGAAUUAGCAGAAAAAAAUGGACUGAAUUAUGCAAUGAUAGUUCGUCGAAGACGAAGGAUAUUAGAUAACAAGCAAUCGCAAGUACAAAGCGCCAAGUUUGAGUAUGAACAUAUUUCUACUAAUUAUACUGAAAACGUUCAACAAGAUGAGAAAGAUGAAAUUGCUUCAAAUACGAUAGAAAAAUUUAAAACAGUAGAAAUACCGGUAAAUACAACACUAAAAACUCGAAUUAAAAUUAGUUUAGAGAUUGAUUUAAUUUCAGUUAUUUUAUUGGUAACUGGAAUUGUUACUCGAUUUUAUCGUUUAGAAGAACCACGAAGUAUAGUGUUUGAUGAAUUACAUUAUGGAAAAUACGUAGGGCUUUAUAUGAAAAAAACAUUUUUUUUUGAUUCACAUCCUCCUUUAGGAAAGCAACUUAUUUCUGCAGCUGCGUAUAUAGCUGGUUUCGAUGGUCAAUUUAAAUUUGAUAGAAUAGGUAGUCCUUAUUCGGAUAUUGUGCCUCUAUUCGCAUUACGAUUAGUACCGGCAUUAUGCGGCAGUCUAUUAAUUCCUACAGCUUAUCAUUUAAUUUUGGAAUUAGGUCUAAAACAAUGGACUGCUACUUUAGCGGGAACAUUAUUAUUAUUCGAUAAUGCUUUGUUAACUCAAUCUAGAUUUAUUUUAAUGGAAAGUAUUUUAAUGCAAUUUUCAUUAUUUGGAUUAAUAUGUAUAAUGAAAUUUAGAAAAGUAAUGGAUCAACCAACAAAUUUAUCUUGGUGGAUAUGGUUAAUUUUGGGAAUUGCAAAUUUAACAUGUGCAUUAUGUGUCAAAUAUGUUGGAUUAUAUUCAUUGAUUUUAUCAUUAUUUUUAAUUGCUUAUGAUUAUUGGAAUUUAAUACCGAGAAAAACUUUAUCUAGUACAGUAUUAUGCAUUCAUCUUAUAAUAAGAAUUUUUGUAAUAUUAAGUAUCAUUUGUAUUAUAUAUUUGACUGUGUUUUACAUUCAUUUAACAACACUUUCUAAAGCUGGACCACAUGAUUCAGUAAUGACGAGUGCUUUUCAAGCAAGUUUAGAUGGUGGUUUAGCUAGCAUUACAAAAGGCCAACCUCUAGAAGUUACACAUGGAUCACAGAUUACUUUAAGACAUACAUAUGGAAGAGCUUGCUGGCUUCAUAGUCAUAAUCAUAUGUAUCCAUUAAGAUAUCCAGAUGGAAGAGGUAGUUCUCAUCAACAACAAGUUACUUGUUACUCAUUUAAAGAUGUUAACAAUUGGUGGAUUGUAAAAAAACCAGAAAGAAAUGAUUUAGUUGUUACAAAACCUAGUGAACCAAUAAAGCAUGGUGAUAUAAUACAAUUAGUACAUGGAAUUACAAGUCGAGCAUUAAAUUCACAUGAUGUUGCUGCUCCAAUGACACCUCAGAGUCAAGAGGUAUCUUGUUAUAUUGAUUAUAAUGUAUCUAUGCCUGCUCAAAAUUUUUGGAAAGUGGAGAUUAGUAAUAAAGAUAGUACUGGUGAUGUUUGGCAUGCAAUUCAAAGUCAAAUACGAUUGAUACAUGUAAAUACAGAUUAUGCAUUAAAAUUUAGUGGAAGACAAUUGCCUGAUUGGGGUUUCAAUCAGCAUGAAAUAGUUGCAGAUAGAUUAGUAGAUCAAACAGAUUCUAUAUGGAAUGUUGAAGAACAUAGAUAUACUAAAAGUGAAGAUCAGAAACAAAGAGAAAGGGAGUUAAUUAAUGCUGAAAUGAUUCCAUUACAAGCUACUACUUUGAAUUUUUGGGAGAAAUUUAUAGAAUUACAAAUAAAAAUGCUAUUUAGUGGUCAAGAAGGACAAAAUAGUCACAUGUAUUCUAGUGAUCCCUUAGAUUGGCCAUUAAUGUCUAGAGGAAUUGCAUAUUGGGUUUCCAAUGAUAGUAAUGCUCAAGUGCAUCUUUUAGGAAAUAUAGCAAUUUGGUAUUCUGGCACAAUAUGUAUAAUUAUAUAUUCAUUUCUUUUAAUAUUUUAUAUUUUAAGACGAAGACGAAUGUGUUUUGAUAUUACACAUGAAGAAUGGAACAAAUUUUCUAAUAUUGGAAGUAUCUUAUUAAUUGGAUAUUUGUUACAUUUUUUACCUUUUAUAUUUGUUGAAAAGACUCUAUUUCUUCAUCAUUAUUUACCGGCAUUCAUCUUUAAAUUAUUACUUACAGCAGCAACAAUAGAACAUUUAUAUUAUCUUAUUAGAAUUCGGUAUCGGCACAAUUUUUUAAUGUAUAUAUUAAAAUUUGGUAUUAUCACAUGGUUAAUUUUUGUCAUUUAUAUAUUUAAAAAAUUUAGUGUUCUUAGUUAUGGUACAACUAAUUUGAGUGCCAAGGAAGUUUUAAAAUUAAGAUGGAAAGACACAUGGGAUUUUAUUAUACAUAAAACAUAAUAGACAAUCAAAAACGCAGAAUUUUUUUAAAAUAUAAAUUUACAAAAUUAUUAUUUGCUUGUAUUAAAAAUUAUUUAAUUAUAUCAUACAUUUUAUAUCCACAAUGUAUAAAUUUUAAUAAUUGUUGUAAGAACAUUGUCAAGAAUGUUCAAGACACAAAUUAAUUAAUCUAGAUGUAUUAUUUUCUUAUUUUUUUUAUUUUAUAAAAAAUAUAUUACUAUAUAGACUGAUUAUAUUUUAUAAAAGUUUUUUUUAUAUGUAUAUAAUAAAAAAAUAAAUAGAAAAAAAACAAAAAAUCUAAUAUUUAUAUUAGUUUUAUAAUUCUUAUAAAAUCUAGAAAAUAUAUAUUCUAUAUUUAAAACAAGUUAUAUAUAUUCAUGUAUCAAGAUAUUAAAAUAUUAAAAAAAAAAAAUUAUAAAAUUUAAACGAAAUAAAUAAAAAUUUUUUACAUAAA